CAAGUUUAGUGUAGCCAUCCGCGAUCACGUGACCAAAGAGUCACGUGAUGUUUGUCCUCCCCAGCAGUCACAAUAAUGUCAACACCGUCGGUAUUCCGUUUGCUUCUGCCCAACUAAACCCCGGUUUACGUACGACUGGAGUCAUUAUUGAGGAGGAAUUUAAUCAGAUUGUUGAGGCUGGCUGAGUAUGGAAGGAAUGGAGGAUGAAAGACCGUCGUCUCAUGAGGAACUUCCACACAUAGACGAUGAGCAGCUGUCAGUGCAGGAGCAAGCAUGUAUGAAGAGCUGCGCCCCUCUAGGAGAUGUGUGUGUAGAUAAGAAUGCUGUGUACAAACUCACAGACGGCUUACUCUCCCACUACCUGCCGAGUCUGCAGAACUCUAAACGUACACUCCAAGAGCUCACUGCCGUUCCCAGGCAUAUCGAACUAUCGUGUGCUCCAGACGCAAUUCUGCACGACAAAACAGAUGAAAACUUGGAAAAGCAUGGAGGUCUACAACUUCUUUGUGUGUGACUGGGUCAAGGACAUUGGGAUCAAGACUCUCCCAGAUAAAUAUGCAUCGUUUUUGCUCGAACAAAAUCAGCUCAUAUUGUUAGACACACUGGACCAAGAAGUCACCAAGUUCCAAGAAUGCAAUGCCUUACUUGACCUAAAUUCAUUGUUUACAGAGGCCAAAAUUUACCACAACAAAUUGGUCAACAUCAGGAAAGAGAUGAUUUUACUCCAUGAAAGGACAACAAAACUAAAGAAAAGAGCUUUGAAGCUGCAGCAACAGAAGCAGAAGGAGGCACUAGAGAAAGAGCACCAACGUGAGAAAGAGCUAGAGAGAGAGCGACAACUCACUGCCAAACCUGCCAAAAGAAAAUGAGAUCCUGCUGCUUUGUGCUCUUGAUUAUGUCAGGCUCUUUUCUAUAAUCAAGAAUCAUUUGCAUUCCUGUCAGUAUUUAUAAGCGUUUUGAAACAUAAAGGGUCAUUAAAGAAAACAACACAUUUCCAUGAGGAAUUACCGUAUUACUAAGUACUGACACCAUUUUUAAUCCAAGGGUUUUAGAUAAACAAGUGUUCACAUGAACAUAGUAUUGCAGUAAAAGUGCAUCAUGACAAUUUCCUUUUUUAAAUCCGUGUCCUGCCAAUGGUUUUCAUCUGAGAAAUGGGUUAAUGUCCAGUUGUCAAGAUAGCACUUAAAAAUUGCAAUGAAGGAGUGGAGAAUAUUUGUUAUUAACUUGGUAUUAAAGUGGCACUACUUGGCGCUAAAACAAAUCCUGAUUGGAAUGCCACUAGUACUUUUAUGGUCUAAUGCAGUGGUUCUCAAAUUUUUUUCACCAAGAUCCACCUUAGAAAACAUUUGGCUCUUCAAGUACCAACAUAAUGACCAAUAUUAAAAUGCAGUAGUGUAGUAGACCCACGCAUUCAUUACAAACAAAUCAGAGGUUUUAUUUAACAAGUAUAUUAUUUACAUAACAUUACACACAGUUUGAACAGUAGCACUGUGUCUGAAUACAGGAAAAUAAAACACAAAUUUAAAGUGAUUAUUUGGCGCACCACUAGAUGGAACCUGCAUACCACUAGUGAUCUAUGUACCACAGUUUGAGAAUCACUGGUCUAAUAGAAUCCAAUGCAAAAGCUGUAUUGAACAUUCUGCUUUUUGUUUUGUUUGACACUGUUACAGCGUUAUUCAUUUAAAAUGUUUAGUAUUUUUAUUCUUAGGUUUUUUGAUUGAUUGAUUGAUUGAAACUUUUAUUAGUAGGUUGCACAGUACAGUACAUAUUCCGUACAAUUGACCACUAAAUGGUAACAACCGAAUAAGUUUUUCAACCUGGGAUCCACGUUAGUCAAUUCAUGGUUGGUAUGCAGCAAAUGUAUUGUUUUUGCCAUCCUGGAGAGUUUUCCCGAAACAACAUUGCACCUGUAAAUAACUAAAGUGUCACAAUACUGUAUGUGUGUUUCAGUCACUAUGUAUCCACUAGUUCACUACCAUGAAUUGAUUAACGUGGACCCCGACUUAAACAAGUUGACAAACUUAUUCGGGUGUUACCAUUUAGUGGUCAAUUGUACGGAAUAUGUACUGUACUGUGCAAUCUACUAAUAAAAGUAUCACUCAAUCAAUCAAUCAAUCAAUAGUUAAAGCCAAAGAUGAUACCUUUAACAAAUGAUGGUACUUCCAACUGUCAAUCUCUCAACACCUCAUUCCUUCAGGUACAACUAACCUGUUUAUUAUUGUUCAAAUCAAGUGUUAACAUAAUUUAGUAAUGGGCAUUGAGACCCUCAAGUGUUUGAAAUGUUAUACAACUUUGCUUUGAAAAGUAUUAAUGUGUGUCAUAUUUGAUAGACCUGUUUAUUUUUUUUCUAAAUGCCCUUUAUGUAAAAAUAAAAGAACAAAAAACAA